CGCUCCUUCGGGCAGGGGCCGCUUGGGAGUGGGGGCGAGGUGGCCCUGGGAGCGCAGGCCGGAGGCUGUCCGAGCCAGUGGCGGCCGGGAGAGCGUUCUGGGACUCGCCGGCAACAGGUGCGAAGGCCCGGGGCCCGGGAGGGAGCGCCGCUCCUGUUGCUGAGGCCGCCUCGGUGACCGUCGCGCUGCAGUGUCGAGGUGCUCCCACGCAACACGGAUCGGACACACUUGCGGCUCCCCAGGGUUAUAUGUCGCGUCCCUCUCAGAAACAGAAACGGGGAGAUGAGUGCUAGGCCGGGGCCAGGUCCUGUGACGCUUUUACAGGACUUCGAGGUUAAAGACCGAGGUCCAGAAGCCACAAGAAGGUUUUUUAAUUGGUUUUAUUGGAGCAUUAAUCUGGGAGCAAUCAUUUCUCUGGGAGGCGUUGCCUACAUUCAGCAGAACGUGGGCUUUGUGACCGGCUACCUCAUCCCAGCAGUCUGCAUCGGCAUUGCUUUCCUGGUCUUCCUCUGCGGCCAGAGGGUCUUCAUCACCAAGCCUCCCGAUGGCAGUGCCUUCACCUAUAUGUUCAAGAUACUGGCAUAUUCGUGCCGUCCCCAGAAGCGAAGCGGAGAACGUGGUCAGAGUGGUGAAGGCCUUGGAGUCCUUCAGCACUCUUCUAAACACAGUCUGUUUGAUUCAUGUAAGAGGUCUCGCGGAGGGCCGUUUGCGGAGGGCACGGUGGAGGACGUGAAGGCCCUUGUGAAGAUCAUCCCCGUGUUCUUGGCCUUGAUACCUUACUGGACGGUGUAUUUCCAAAUGCAGACAACGUACGUUCUGCAGAGUCUUCAUUUGAAGAUUCCAGCGAUUUCCAGAAUCACAGCCACUCCUCAUACGUUCCCGGCGGCCUGGCUGACCAUGUUCGACGCGGUUCUCAUCCUCCUGUUAAUUCCCUUAAAGGAUAAACUGGUUGAUCCCAUUCUGAGAAGAAAUGGCUUACUCCCGUCGUCCCUAAAAAGGAUCGCCGUUGGAAUGUUCUUUGUGAUGUGUUCUGCCUUCGCUGCAGGAAUUUUGGAGAGCAAAAGGCUGGACCUUGUUAAAGAGAAAACCAUCAAUCAGACCAUCGGAAAAGUCGUGUAUUACGCUGCUGACCUGCCGAUAUGGUGGCAGGUCCCACAGUAUGUGCUGAUUGGCAUCAGUGAGAUAUUUGCCAGCAUAGCAGGUCUAGAAUUCGCCUAUUCGGCUGCCCCCAAGUCCAUGCAGAGCGCCAUAAUGGGUUUGUUCUUCUUCUUCUCUGGCGUCGGCUCGUUUGUGGGCUCUGGACUGUUGGAGCUGGUGUCCAUCAAAGCCAUCGGCUGGAUGAGCAACCACACAGACUUCGGCAAUAUUAACGGCUGCCAUCUGAACUAUUACUUCUUUCUUCUGGCUGCGAUUCAGGGAGCCACCCUCCUGCUUUUCCUGAUAGUUUCUGUGAGGUACGACCGGCAGCGGGCGCGGGCCAGCGGGGCGCCUGCCAGCAGGAGGACCUGACGUCCCCGGGGCCACAGCCAGUGGACUGAGGCGGCCGUGCGCUGAGCAGGAGAGGCUUCUCCCACUUCCUGACCACGCGCGUGGUCCCUGGAUUGCCUCCUCUUCUCCCAGAUGAGCUGGGUAAGUGCCUUUCCGUGGUUCCCCUCCCGGAGCAGACGCGGGCUUCUCGUCCGGACUGCCGUGAACCCUCGGACGGAGGCCCGCGGCGGAGCUGCCGGGGCCUCGGGAGACCGUGUGCGUGUCCGUCGGCGUCCUGAUGUCUUGGAUACGGGUUACCGUUUCCUCCUCGCAGACCGUAUGAGCUCACUUUUUUUUUUAUGUUUUUGAUUAAUAAACAUCUACUACUUACUUUGAGGAAUGGGAGGGCUUUUUAAGAGAUAAAAGCCUGAUGCUGCAAAGAUUUUGUGUAAAGGUCACAUUGAUGGUUUCUUUCGUAAGCCGCCAAUCCCACCAUUGCCCAGCUCGUUGGUGCGGGCUGGUGGUGAACAUACUUCGUCUGCUGCUUCAGAAACGACUUCUCUUUUCAGCGAUCAACGUUGAAUUUUUUUCUUAAGAAAGAAUUCACAUCAGGAAAUAUUUAAGACCGUGUGUCCUAUCUCAAGCUACAAAACAACGUACAGGGUAUUUGAAACCUCACCUAGUCUGUCCUUCUGGGUCAUUUCCUUCUGGACACCACUGAGGUUGAAGACCAGUCAUGGAGGAACAUUAGGUACACGUGACUUGAAACAGAAUCCGUGUUAUUCGAGACCGUUGGCAGUGUUCCACGUUACGUGUGGACUCGAGCUGUGUGAUGUCACCGGCUUCUGGAUUGUUCUUUAUUGGAUGUGGGGGCUCGAAUGUUGUUAAAUAAACUGUUGUCUGUCUGUUGCUGUA